AUGGGUUUAAAAAUUCAUCCAGAAUAUUUCCCCUUUUACCAAAAAGACCUUGAUGGUCACAAGCGAUCAAGUAGCAUUUAUUGCUGUUGUACCUGCCAAACUCAUAUUGCAAGUCAAGAGGAGAUUAUUUCAGGAGCAUAUCUAGGAAGACAUGGGCCCGCUUAUUUAGUCAAUAAAGUUCUGAACAUUACCGUGGGGCAUUUGGAACAGCGUAUGUUGAUGACGGGUAUCCAUACGGUAGCGGAUUUAUUCUGCAGCAUAUGCCAAAUGCGGAUAGGCUGGCGUUAUAUCAAGUCACCUACUCUGCAGCAAAAAUACAAAGAAGGAAGAUAUCUUAUUGAAAAAACAAGGGUUAUCAAAGAAAAGUUAUAUCUAUGA